CAGAAUAAUAACGGUGCACAAAGGACCAUGAUGUAUUCCUAAUGUAAAAACAAAAAAUAAUGUGUUCGAAACUUUUAUACGUGCCGUGUAUUACAUUGAUGCUUUCCUUAUUAACGACCGCUGCUUUGCGAAUGGAAGCAUCCACUACAAUGAGCAUACACAGCGCUGGCGCUCCCACUAAGCUUCUAACACAACCUGGAGAAAUAGCAGGCAUCAGCACCAAUGUUACGUUACACGAAAAGGGCGACAUUGUACAAUUUCUAAUUAGCUGGGAUGACAACUUGCCAAAGGGUACAUCAUAUAAUGUUAUUGUGACUGCAUUAAAUUCAACGGAAUGUAGUGAGCCUCCCUGCAGUGUCUAUGGAAUUAUAAAAGAUGCGAAACAAGUGAUUAUACCAGAAAAUCCUAUGACACAAGUGGAUCAAAAUGAAUGUGGUUUCAUGUUUGGAUGCAAUUAUUCCGUAAUGGUGGAAACAUCGAAUACAGCGAUGUCACAACAUUCGACAGUGUCGGUGCCAUAUUGCAUUAAGGAUGUUUGUUCCUGUCGACAUGCUGAAAAACUACCCAAAGUCACAUCGUCCGUCCAUAUACCCAAUAAUGAAACGAUAAUUUACAAUUGGUCAAUAAGAUAUGAAAACGGCAGCAAACAUUUCCAGUACGAUGCAAAGGAAUCAGAUGAUCACUGGAAGUUGUAUUUAAUUAUCAGCGAACAAACAAAUCCGUCCUUAUCAUGGGGUGGAAGACUUAUACCCAUCACGGAGCAUUUGUAUCCAAUUAAAAAUUUAACGCUCCUUAAGACCAAGGGUGGAAUGCAAGGCACCUUUAAAAUGCGAAUACCCAAGCAAUUAGUAUCUAAGGCAGAGCUCAAACUUCGUUCAUAUGUAAUCGAUGAUUUACAUUGCGGCGGACCUGAAAACUUCAUAAAGGUAACAGUGCCCGAUUUCUUAAAAGAAUACGAAAAUAUUGAGGCUAGUGAUUUUAAUUUGGGCAUUGCGUUAAGUAUUGUCAGUGCACUUUUUCUGUGCAUCAUUGUUUUGGUAUUGACAAUUUGUUGUUGGAAGCGAAAUAAAUUGGCGAAAUUUCAAAAUGGCGUUUUGGAAAAGGACGAAAGCUGCUUAGCAAACAUGGUCGAAAUGGAGGACAACAUUAACUAUGUAGAUAAAUACGUAGAG